AUGAAGAGAUUUAAUGAUGGUCAUUCCAAUGCCCCAUUCAAACGACCCAAGAUGGGUCCUGAUGACAUAGAGCUGAGAGUUCUUAUUCCAAGCAAAGUAUUUAAAUAUAAUACUUUUUUUUACAAAAAUGUUUUCAUAUAUUUUGAAAAUAUAACAAUUUGUGUAUUUUAGGUUGCUGGUUCAAUUAUUGGUAAGGGAGGCUUCAACAUCUCCAGACUACGUACAGACGUAAGUUUUUUGUUUAAAAUUUAUGGUUGUAAAAUGAGUUAAAAAUUCAAACCAACCAAAAAUAGGCCUACUAUUUAUUGUUGUGAUGUACAUUUAAUCCCAUCAUAAUAUAUUCUUGUAUGGUCGAGGUUUAGUUCAUUAUGAAGGAAUAUUGUUAGAUUUUUUUUUUGUCAAUAUUCCCAAUUAUUGGAUUUAAUAACAUUUAAUAAAUGAAUAGAAGUAUUUAAUGAAGGUAAGUAGGCCUAUUUGACAUUUUUCCUCUCAGCACAUGGUAAGAAAAAAAAGGAUACUGGAAAUAUCGAUGAAAUAAUAAUCAUGUAUAGUUGCUAUGUAACCUAACCUAAACAGGACUGAUCUUGGAAAUUUGUUAUGUGUUCUAUGCCCAUAUGCCCAUGCCCCUCGAUGUGAUUUAUUUCACAUGUCCCGUGGUACCCUGGGCCCCUCUGCAUAUACCACGAAUAUGUCCUGAACCACAAUCAUCGACGAAUACAACAUGCGAACAAUAACGGAUACUACCUGAUGCUGUCCAUCUAACAGUACAAUGCCACAGUCACUGUCCCAGAUUGCCCGGGCCCUGAACGGUAAAUCAUCCAUCAUCAAUCUCUCAUAUAUACUUUAAAUUUUCUUUUAUGCAUAACUAUUAUUUUUUCUUUAGUAGAUUCAGAUGUGUAUUUAUAACCAUUUUGUUAUUAAUAUUAAUUAUUUAAUGUACUGAAAGCCUCUAAAAUUUAGAAAUUGUGUAUGAGAAUAAACUAGGCUAAUUUCUCAUUUAGAUUUUUUGGGGGCUUGCAGUUUAUUUAUUUGUUUAUUUAUUUAUUUAUGUGUUUGGUUACUUUAAAAAUGGUUUUAAAAAUUAAUAAAUUGCCUCCCAUUAGGAUAUUUCAAAUUUGAAAUAACUUAUAAUCAAAUCCAUUUAAUCCAUAAAGAAAUAUUAGUUGUUAAAGAAUAUAAAUUAAUUGUAUUACAGAAUUGUAAGUAAAGCUACAUCACUUUCCAUUUGUCCUGUAAAUCGGUUUAUUUUAACUGAUAUAGUUCUUUUUCUGUUUGUGAGUUUAAUGGGGAAAUAUACUAAGAGUAGACCAAUUAUUGUGUUAUUUGUAUAAUAUUAUUGUUAACUAUGCUUUGUAUUAUGUGAAUCAUAAUGUUAAGUUAUUAAUAUAAUAUAAUUUAAAUAUUUUAAAAAUCAUGUUUCAAAUUUAAGAUUAUUGGUCCAUUCUUAGAAAUUUGCUUAUUUUUUGUCGAACCUAAUAAAUUUAUGUGAAUUCAAAUAAUAAUUUAUUUUCUUUGUUUGGUAGAAUUUUGACAAUCAUAUCAAGUAAUGACAAUGCUUUAAAAGUUUUGGGAGAAGUAAUGAACAAUUUAGAAGAUGGUGGUUCGGUAAAUAUCUACAUGGAAGUAAAACUAAUGUAUUUGUAUUAAAAGUUUAUUUUAUAUUGUAUGAUUAGAGAUUCAAACGCGGCGGUGGAACUGGUGGUGGUCAAGGUAAUAAUGAAAACCCAGGAGAAACUGAUGUUGAUGUCCGAAUGCUAGUACAUCAAAGUCAAGCUGGGUGUAUAAUUGGAAAAGGAGGAUUAAAAGUGAAGGAACUAAGAGAAGUUAGUAGAUAAUAUUUGAUAGAAUUCCAUAUACAUUUUUUAAUUUAAAUAAUGGUUUUAAACAAACUAUUAAACAAUUUUUAAAAAAAUAAAAAUUGCUGCUCCUUUGUUCGUAUGCUAAUAAAAUUGUACUAUUCAAGUUAUUUAUAAAAUAUGUGAACUUUUUUUUAAAAGUGAUAAUAAAUAUUGUUUGUGUUGGUUAUCCAAUUAUUUUAUAUUAAGUUAAUUUUUCAUCUCUUGUUAAAAAUAUAAUUACAAUUUUUAGAAAACUGGGUCACGUAUUAAAAUUUACACCAGUUGUUGUCCAAUGAGUACUGAUCGAGUUGUACAAAUAACGGGGAAGCCAAAUACUUGUUCUGAUUGUGUAAGGGAAGUUUUGGAUUUAUUAAAAACUGUAAGUUUGUUUUAUUUGUGUACAAAUUUGGUGAUUUGUGUUUUAAAUUAAAAAUUUUAAUAAUAACUUAUUUUAAUAACUAUUUAUAGGCACCUGUGAAAGGGGCAGAAGAUCCAUAUGAUCCAAAUAACUAUGAUGAAUAUUAUUCGGAUGAAUAUGGUGGUUAUGGUAAUCCAGCUGGUGGUGGUGGUGGUGGUGGAAUGAGAGGUGGCAAUAUGAAUCGUGGGCCACCUGGUCCAGGAAGAUUCCAAGGUGGUGGAGGUGGACCUAUGAAUAAUCGUGGAAUGUAA